AUGUGUCGUUGUUCUCAAGCAUCGAUCCCUUAUCUACAAUUUGUAUCAGUGAAUCCUCGAUUUCAUCAAGUUUGUUUAAGUGAUUUCGUCAAUGAGGACUGGUUUUCUUCUUUAUUCAAUAUCAAUACCAGCAAUUACUAUCCUCUUGACUUUCGUUUGAUGGCUUCUGCACAAUUUCAAGUUUUAUCUGCUCUCUGUCGAACAUCACGCCGAGCUGUAAUCGAUGCUUUUCAUGGAUUUGCUGUAAAACCAAUAUUUUCAUUAAAUGCAUUGUCACGCGAUGUACUCGAUAGUUAUAUAGGCACGUCCAUUGAACAAUUCCAGAAAGAUACAUUUGAGAGUUUCCGUUCAUGCAACCAUUUUAUAUCAGCUUUUAUUGCAGAACAUCGUUUUAUAUCUGCAUUAAGAACAAAUUUCUAUACGAGAAGUGUUCCUGAUACUAAUAUUUCUGAAACUUUUUCUGCUAUUUAUCCACAACAAGUCAACCUAACACAAUCGUCGUUCAUGUCGAAUGAAACGUGUCGAUGUGAUCGUACAAGUGAUUGUAUUUAUCCUGCUGGCAUUUAUAAUCAAACGCGAGCAAUCAUUCCAAAUGAAGUCUUUUCUCUUGAUGCAUUGCCUCUAUUCAUUGUACCAGGGUUUCAAGUAGGAUGUGUACCUCAAAAUGCUUUGCUUCAAUCAACAUUGGAAUGCUUUUAUAAUCAAUCAUGUUUAGAUACAGUGAUUUCGUUAACUGGUGCUCUUCGCACUGUCUCACCUCUUAAUAUUUCAAACUCUUUUUCAAGAUUCAGUCCAACAACACCUAUUGCUGUUCUUUUUGAUAAUCUAAUGAUCGAAUCUUGGGAGAACUCUAUUGACUUUGUCACCUAUUUUCAAACUUGUGCACCCAAAGCCUGUUCAUAUUCAUAUGUACAACGGUUUUCUCUCAUUUAUAUGAUUACAACCAUGGUUAGUGUCUUCGGUGGACUUUCCGCAGCAUUCCUUAGUUCACAACAAAUCAUUGUCAGAAACCCAAGUCUGGAUGAAUUUGAACACCUUCAUGACAUGUAUUCAUCUAUUCUAUCAUGUCCAUGCCGCUAUUCAUCGAUACCACGCUCAAUAUUCAUAUUCAAUGAAUUACAAAUCCAUCCAUUUUGUACAAGUAGUUUUGUACGUGAUGAUCGUUGGUUCCAAUAUUGGACAAUGAAAUUUCUCAAUGGUAGCAUUGAUUUAAAUCCACCAUUUUAUUGGACUGAUUUUCGCAAGAAUGGAUUGAAGUUUUUUAAUUAUGUUAAAAUAUUAUGCGACAUAGCCAAUAGAAGUUUAUCUGAGUUAAUGAAUUCGUUUCAAGCAGAAUAUUUUUUCUCGCCUCAACCUAUUACACAACGAGAAUUCAAUGAAACAACUAAGAAUUGGAAAGAUUCUCUUAACGUCGAGUUUUUCCAAAUAUACUCAACAAAAUUUUCUCCAGUGGUAAAAAGUAUUCAACAGAGUGGAUUAGUUUCAUUCGAUUUUAUUGAUCCUUCUAUGAUAUUCAGGCAAAUCAAUAACACAUGGGUUCUUCAAUAUGCUUCAGUUAACACCUACAACUAUAAUAAUCUGUUAUGUGAUUAUGGGCAAUCUUAUCUAUGUUUUAAACAAUUGGGUUUCUAUGACAAACUAUCGUCGUAUACACGAACAAAUGUCACACCAUACCAAAUUAUUCCUGGUCUAUCUCUUGGUUACUACUUUUUAGAUUUUGGUUAUUCCACACUAGAAUGUUUUUUCGAUGAAUCAUGUGUUCAGAUGCUAAUUGAUCGACGUCUUUAUGAUUACGAAAAUAUCUAUUUACCGAUUGAUUUGAGUAAUAUAACAGCACUUAAUCCAAAUGAUCUCAUCUUUUUAAAGCCUAAUUUCUACUUGGACGAUAUCAUGGCAUUCGCUUUUGUUAAUCAAUUGAUCUAUAUAGGAGACUAUGCAUUGUACUAUGCUCAAUGUCAGCCAGAGAUAUGUACCUAUGCAAUAGAUAAGAAAUUACAUCCUAUUGCUCUUGUUAACUUAGUUAUUGGUCUGAUUGGAGGACUAAACGUUCUUCUUCGUCUCUCAGUUCCAUCAUUCAUUAAAAUUGUCCAUCUGAUUAAUAAUUUGCGUUUAAGCCAAGCGUUGUACACUUUGAAUGACGCAAAUUUGAUAUCGUUUGAAGCAAUGACCUCAAAAGCAUUGGAUAUAUGGUUAAACUCGUUUACAAUUGGAAUAGAUAAGAAAUCUGUGAUCUUAUCAGAUAAUGUUUAUAAAUGGGUUUCUGAUAUACUUCAAGCAAAUCAAUUCCAUAACCAAUAUAUGACAAGCUGGAGCACAGAAUUUUCGAACUUUGAUGAAAACUAUAUUCUUCGUAACAAUCCAGUUUUAUUAAGCAAUGGUGCUUGUCUUUGCCCAAGUGGUGUAUCAAAUUGUACAAAAAUACCUAUUUAUUACAAUUCGACUAAUAACUCAAAUGUACUUCCAGGUAAACGCUUUAAUCAAGCUUUCUCAUAUGCUUCUAUCAUUCUACAACGACUAAUUGAGAUUUCCAAAGAGGUCUCUGAUUAA